CUCAAAGAAAGCCAGAAGUUGCCAUUCGAGAUGCAGAAGUUACGACUGCCUUUAGCCCGCGUUCCAUAGACCACUUUGAAUCCGGCCGAGCCAAUCGAGACCCGCACGCCCACGCCCCUGCGCCAAGGUCGUCGAGCUCCGUUGACCCCAUCUCGUGCAACACGCUUGUACUUAAACUUCGAGUCUGCUGCGCCUGUUGCCUCUUCUACUCUUUCUCCAGCUUCGUCUUUCUCCCACUCCACUGCUUCAGUGCUUCAAUUGCUCUUUCCUCACUAGUACCCCGCAGUACUUGAAGCUACCCCGCUCUAUUUCCAACCACAUCACCACCACUUCACAGCUCAACAAAAUGGUCAAGGCCGUUGUCGCAGGUGCCGCCGGAGGCAUUGGUCAGCCAUUGUCUCUUCUGCUCAAGCAGAACCAGCACGUCACCGAGCUCGCCCUCUACGAUGUUGUCAACUCGCCCGGUGUCGCUACCGAUUUGUCACACAUUUCCUCCCCAGCUAAAGUAACAGGCUACCUGCCCAAGGAUGAGGGGCUCGCGAGCGCACUCAAGGGCGCUGACAUCGUCGUCAUCCCCGCCGGUAUCCCUCGCAAGCCUGGCAUGACCCGUGACGAUCUCUUCAAGAUCAACGCCGGCAUCGUCAAGGGUCUGAUUGAGGGCAUUGCCGUGCACUGCCCCAAGGCCUACAUCCUGGUCAUCUCCAACCCUGUCAACUCGACAGUGCCCAUCGCCGCCGAGGUCCUCAAGGCCGCGGGUGUCUUCGACCCCAAGAAGCUGUUCGGUGUCACCACACUCGACGUCGUCCGUGCUGAGACCUUCGUCGCCGAGAUCACUGGCGAGAAGAACCCCGCAAACCUCAACAUCCCCGUCAUUGGCGGUCACUCUGGCGAGACCAUUGUACCUCUGUUCAGCCAGGCCAAGCCCAGCGUCAGCAUUCCCUCUGACAAGCUCGAUGCUCUCGUAAACCGCGUCCAGUUCGGUGGUGACGAGGUUGUCAAGGCCAAGGACGGUGCUGGUUCUGCCACACUCUCCAUGGCUUACGCCGGCUACCGAUUCGCCGACAAGGUCAUCCGGGCCGCCAAGGGCGAGAAGGGCCUCAUCGAGCCCAGCUUCGUCUACCUCCCUGGUGUCCAGGGUGGCGAUGCUGUUGCCAAGGCUACUGGCACCGAGUUCUUCUCCGUUCCCAUCGAGCUCGGCCCCAGCGGUGCUGAGAAGGCCAUCGACGUUGUCAGCGGUGCCAACGACCACGAGAAGAAGCUGCUCCAGGCUUGCUACGACGGCCUCAAGGGCAACAUCUCGAAGGGCGUCGAGUUUGCCCAGAACCCUCCUGCCAAGUAAGUCAGUCCCCUGCGUGGGUCACAAGACUCUAACAAACUUCAACAGAUAGGCCAUGAUACCCUGAAACGAUGACGAAAGAUGAACACCACAAAAGAGAAAUUUCUAUGGUCAUGCAUACUUAUAUGCAAGUAGAGCUACUGCAGCCUCCCAUUUAGAUAAACCAAUGGAUCUACUGAAGACA